AUGGAUACUGCUCAGUGGCCACAGGGUAUUGGAGAUAUCACAAAACAAGCUGAAAAAAAACCAAGGCCCCAAAAGGAUCAAGCUAUCAACUGCCCAAGAUGCAGCUCAACGAACACCAAAUUCUGUUAUUACAACAAUUACAGCCUCUCACAACCCAGAUAUUUCUGCAAGACCUGCAGAAGGUACUGGACUCAAGGCGGCUCCCUGAGAAAUGUUCCAGUGGGUGGCGGCUCACGGAAGAACAAAAGACCCUCAUCAUCUUCUUCUUCUUCUUACGCUUCGCCAUCAUCCUUACUGCCCUCAGCCAAGAAAGGACCUUCAUCAACUGGGCCGGAAAAUCUGGGCCCAAAUAACUUCUCGGUUCAAAACCCUAGUUUGGUCCACGAGGGACAUGAUUUGAAUCUGGCGUACAAUCCAGCUGGAUAUAGUAUGGGCUUCUCGGAUUUUGCUACCGCUUUUGAUCCUCAAAACCCUAGCUAUCAGCUGCCGGUCAUGGAGCUUCUGAAGGCAGGGAGUUUUGUGGGCCCGAACCCGGUUUACGACCCGUCGGGCGGGUUUAAUGGGUUUAGGCAGAAUCUAGGGUUUUCGGGUGAUGGGCUUGGGAUUAAUGGGCUUGGUGGGCCUGGUGGCUAUCAUCAUGCAGAUAAUGGGUCGUCGAGGAAUUUCAUUUUUCCUUUUGGGGAUCAUUUGAAGCAAGGUGUUGUUAAUGGGGAUGGGGGAUUUGAUGAGCAUGGCAAAGGUGAAACAGAUGGUUUUUAUGGGGUGAAAAGGGUAUAG